AUGAGCAAUAAUGAGGAGGAUAAUAAUGAGACGAGAUUCCUUGGAGACCUGUUAUCAAAUGCCAAUACACCUACAGGUUAGUUUUUUUGUUUUGGAAAAAAAUUUGGGCGGGAAAAAUUGAAUUUCAAAAAAUUUCUGAAUUUUUUUUAAAGCAAGAUUUUUCUGGAAUUUAAAAUUUGAUGAUUGAACAUUUUUUUUUAGUUUUCCAAAAUUUUCGAGAUCAAAAAUCCACGUGGCAACAUUUUAGUCUGAAACUUUGACGUGAAAAAUACUUUUUUGAAACUGAAAAUUUCAAAAUCAAAAAUUAGAAACCAGAUUUUAUUUAGGGCUGAAAAUCCACGUGGCAACAUUUUUUCGAAACUGCAAAUUUUUUAGAAAUCAAAAUUAAUGGCCAAAAAAAUCUACGUGGCAAAUUUUUUUCACAAUUUAAAAAUUCUGAUUUUUUUGGUGAAUCUCCAAGAUUUUUGAGGAUUCUAAAUAUUUAUAAUUUAGAAAAUAUCAAUUUUGUAUAACUUAAGAAAUGAAAAAUCCACGUGGCAACAUUUUUUCUAGAAUUUUUUCAUGUGAAAAUUUGAAAUCCGAUUUUUAUUGAAAAUUUGAAUUUAGAAUUCAGGUUUAAAAAUACACGGGGAAUAUAAAAAUCACACAUGGAAUAGUUUUCGAAACUGCAAAUUUUCAGACAAAAAAUUGAAAAUCUGAUUUUAUCCAAGACCAAAAAAAUCCAUGUGGCAAUUUUUUUUUACAAUUCAAAAAUUUUGAAGUUUUUUUGCCACGUGUCAAUGAUUUCUCUGACUCCUGAAAUUUUAUUUUUUCAAAUUCAAUUUAAUUUGAAGAAAACCGAAUUUUCAAUUUUUCAAACAUUCGGCUUGGGAAUUUUUUUUUGCUGAAUUUAUUCAUUGAAAAUCCACGUGGCAAAAUUUCUGAAAUUUGAUUUCAAAAAAUUUAUUGAAAAUCCACGUGGCACAAAUUUUUUCAAUAAAAAAUUACAAAUUUUUUCUGAUAAAAAUUCACGUGGCACUGAAAUUAAUUUCCCAUGUUCAGUUUCAAAAAUCACAAUUUUCAACUGAAAAAAAAAUCGGAUUAUUUUUUGAAUUUUUUUUCACCGACCAAACUGCGAUCAGACCGCAUUUUUGAUUUUUCCAAAUUUUUUGGUGUCAAAAACUGUUCAGAAAUUUGUUUACCACCUUUUUUCUUUUUCUGCAGAAAAAAAAAAUAAACGACGAAAACAAAAACAAAAACAAAAAAAAACAAGUACAAAAAUGAAUCAUUUUCUAUUUUUUUUCUAUUUUUCUGCUGCUGCUGCGCAAUAAAAAUAAAAUAUUUCCUGAUAAGCCUAAUUUUUAUAUGCACAUUUUUUUCUCAAAAAUUUCAAAAAAAAAUAUAUUUUUCUUCAGAUAGCACAUCAUCGCCCGAAGAAAUGCAACAGCGACAGAUUUAUUCGAAAGGAUUUUUUGGUGAGUGAAACUGGUGUUUUGGACAAUUUUUGGGAGCCUGGGUAGAAUUUUGAGCCCAAAUUUUAGGCCUAUCAUAAGCCUGAAAGCCCACGUGGCAAAAAAAAAAUUGAGCCUCGGCCUAAAAAUUAAGCCUUGAGCCCAAUUAAGCCUGAAAAAGCCUAAAAACUAAGCCUAAGCCUGAAAUCUAAGCCUUAAUAAGCCUAAUUUUAGGCCUGAAUCUGAAUCUGAUCUUUUUUUUUUUCUCAAAGCCAAGCCCAAACCAAGAUUAAUCUCAAGUUAGCCCAACUUCAAAAGCCAUUGAGCAUUUUUCAAUUUUUGAAUUUUUUUUUCUUCAAUUUAAUUUUGUGAGCCUAAACUUAAGCCUAACUUUGGGCCUAAGCCUGAGUUUUAGCCUUAAAAAAGUUAAGCUCAAUUUUAAGCCCAAAUUUUGUUUGUUGAUCUGCCAAAAACCCUACAGUAACCCGUGGCACGAGAUCUGAAAUCACUUUUAUUUUUCAAAUUUCCAACAUUUUUUCUCCAAAAUUGCGUGAUAUCAUUGAACUUCCUACUUUUUCCUGAAUCCAAACUCCAAUUUAGCCUAACUCUUCUCAUGUUCUGCUGAAUUACACUGAACAACAAAACAAAAAGGUCAUAUUAUUCGUAAUUAGAGAAAAGUGCAACAUUUCCCCCCUUAUUUUUUUUUUGCUUGCUUGAAAAAAUGAAAAAAAAAGUGAGUAUGAGAGUCUUUCUCUCUGAAAAUUGUGGGCGGAGCUAUGAAUUUUGCUCGCGCACGUCGAAGCAGAGAAAAAAAGAGAAGCUGAAGCAGAAGCUGUGCUUGUUGGCUCAUACGACACACUUUCGAAAUUUCUUGGCUCUGAAAAAUUUCCUGCUUUCUGAAAUUAUUUUUAUUUAUUUUUUGAUUUGGCCUAGAUGAAUUGUCAACAACAAGUUUUUUGGGUGAGAAAAAGUUUAUGAAAAUAAAAUUUUUAAAGGCGCAUUUUGCACCUCUGGAUUACAGUAAUCAAAAUUGGGUGCACAAUAUUUUUUGAUCUACAAAAAAAAAUUUUGUGAUAUUUUUUCUGGCCCGGAAAACUACAGUAACCUACCUGCUUGAGGGUUUUGAUCUACCAGUUUCUAGAACUGCAAUUUUAAAGGCGCAUUUUGAACCCUCUAGAUUACAGUAAUCAAAAGUGGGUGCACAAUGUUUGAUCUUCAAAAUUUCGGGAAUUUUUUGAAUGUUUUCUGGCCCCGAAAACUACAGUAACCUACCUGCUUAAGGGUUUUGAUCUACCAGUUUUUUAAAAAUCUAUUUUUUGACCUAGGAAGAUUCUGGAACUACAGUAAUAAAAAAUUGAAAUUUUCACAGCUACAGUAACCCAGAUUCCUGACACGAAAUCUGAUUUCAUUUUAUUUUUCUCACAAAAUUUUCAAAAUUAAUUUCAGAAUUGCGUGAGAAAGUGAUUUCAUUUUCCAAAAAAAAAACAAUUUUCCAAUUUUCCAGACGCUCUCCGCGCAAUUCAAAACGUCAACAAUUUCGAAUUCCGGCCUGCCACAUCACCAGUCAUUCCACCAUUAGGAACACCGGGAACUGGACAAUCAGCCAUCACACCAGCCACUGCCAAGUGAGAUUUUUAGAUUUUUGAGCUUCAGAGGCUUCAGAGAGCUUCAGGAUUCUGAGCUUCAGGAUUCUGAGCUUCAGGAUUCUGAAUUUCAGGAUUCUGAGCUUCAGGAUUCUGAGCUGUAGAUUUUGAACUUCAGGAUUCGAGCUUUAGGAUUUUGAACUUCCGGAUUCUAAGAUUCAAAUUUGGAGUUUCAGAUUUGGAGCUUCAGGAUUUUGAGCUUCAGAUUUUGAAUUUCAGGAUUCGAGCUGCAAAUCUAUCAUUCAGAAAUUGAGCUUCAGGAUUCUGAGCUUCAGAUUCUAAGCUUCAGAUUCUAAGCUUCAGAUUCUAAGCUUCAGGAUUCUAAGCUUCAGAUCAUAGAUUUCCAGCCCGCGAAAAACUAGAAAAUAUUUUCUAAAAAUAACUUUUCCCCCGAAGCACACAAAUGUCAAUUGGAUUAUUUUGAUUAAAGAUUUCUAAUCCAAUUUUUCUGAAUUCUGAGUUUUGCUCGGAAAAAUAAAAAAUCUAAAAUUCUUCCAGUGACAUGCAACAAAUCAUGCUCUCGCUGCUGGGCACACCAAUCGUUGGCUCCACCCAAACAUCCACCAAUUCCACAAAUCCACCACAAUUAUUGGCUUCACCAACUGGAAGCCUUUCUCUUGAUAGUGAUAUGUAAGUGUUUAGAGAGAGGCUGAGAGAGAGAGAGAGAGAGAGAGAGAGAGAGAGAGAGAGAGAGAGAGAGAGAGAGAGAGAGAAAACAAGAUGACUCAUCUUUCCUUCUUCUUAUUAUUAUGCAAACAAACCACACGGCGUGUUGUUGUGAUGAAAUUUAUUCGCAAGUCUUGAUGAUUCAUAGGAGGAGAGGAAAAAGAGGAGAAAAAAGAAACAAGCGAAAAAGAUUAGCGCGCGCGGAAAAUACCUCAAUAAAUUAGGAACUUUUGAAAAAAAAAACUAUGAUUCAAGUCGGAAAAAAAAACAAAAAAAAUUUUUUUGACAAAAAGGAUCCCGAAGUAUCUUGGGUCUUGAACCGAUCUACAGUAAUCCGGGAACACUGUAGGUACAGUACCCUUUGUCAAGUUAUAUUUUAAAAGGAGAUACACUCGCUCCGCUCGAGCCGCGUUCGCGGAAUUUUGAUCUACACUCGCGCCAGGCCUAUCCCGAUAUAUCUUGGGUCUUGAACAGAUCUACAGUAACCCGGGAAUACUGUAGGUACAGUAUUUUUUGUCCAGUUAAAUUUUGAGUGUAGAGCGAAAUUCCGCGAACGCGGCUCGAGCGGAGCGAGUGUAUGUCCCUUUAAAAUUUAACUGGGCAAGGGGUACUGUACCUACAGUAUUCCCGGGUUACUGUAGAUCGGUUCAAGACCCAAAAUAUUUCGGGACGCUGGAGUUCGUCACUUACAGUAUUUUUCGAGCGGAGCGAGUGUGUGUCCCUUUAAAUACUCUCCGGGUUACUGUAGAGGUUCUCAGGAGUACUGUAGACCCUUUAAACACUUCGAGCGCCUUUAGCGCGAGUGUAGAUCAAAAUUCCGCGAACGCGGCUCGACACAAUAUUUUCCAGGCUCAAACUCUAUGCGUCGGCAGUUCUUCCCGGUCCACCUAUCCUCCCACUGCCAUCACCAACCAUCACCAAAUCCACCACAAACAUCGAACCGCCCGCCGUUACAACUACAGUACCCUCAGUAGCGGUCACGGCGGCCGCCUCAACUUCUCGCCCCGACAAAUUGAAUCUACCGCCCGUUGCUCAGGUUAGUCGCCUAUUGAAAAUGGGAAUUGUUUUGUUUUGUUUGUUUAUUUUAUUCGUGUUUUACGUUUUGUCAAAACCUAGAUUUUAUUGAUUUUUCGAGUUUUUCUGGCCAAAACAAAACAAAAUUUUGUUUUCAGCAAAUCCCAAAAAUGGAACAAUAUCAAAAUUUGUCCAGCGAUGAUUCUGAUAGCGGAUAUACACGAAGUUCCUCAAGAAAUGCGAAUUCCAAAGAGUAA